GUCCGUUCUCGCUUUCGGCAUAUGUGUACUCAGGUCUGUUUGUGUGUAUAUGCCAACACACGCACACAUACAUGCGUACAAGGCCUCCAUGCAGCCACCUAAACCGCCCCACACCCAACAGUCCAACAAACACCUCACUCAACACAACACAACACAACACAACACACACACAUGGCCAGACGGCCGGAUGUCUACAUGACAGCAAUGUGGUUGGCACAUCAACAAGAGAUCUCUGUCUUUGUCUGUGGCUGGCUCUGCAGUGACUUGCAAACUGGAUGCCUGUAGGUGGGGGAGUGGCCAGAUGGGGGCAUCAAUGCGUGGCAUAGCUAGACCGUGGUCGAGUGUCUCUCUACACGAAAGGUGGGGCCACAUGCUGGCAGCUUCUUGUCCUCUCACAAGCACACAUAUGGAUUCAUUGAAAAAGACGCACGCACACACUGUGCCACACAGACAUGCACCUGUCAUGUCAUGUCACUUCAAGCAUUUGGGGCCCUCAAGGAUAGCAUACAGCCUUCCCACCCCUGUCUCUAGCGUGUGUGUGUCGAUGAUGUACUCACUCGCCCAGAAGUCAGCCAUCCUUCCUCUGCCCUUGCCUCGCUUCUCCUCUCUGCGUCUCUGCAUGACCUCUGGAGGCCAGAUACGUACAGAUGAGCCAGUGCACUGACGUCUCUGCCCGUGUGCAUUCACCUUCCCCCUUUACACCAGCACCGCCAUGGGAAUCAGAUAGAAAAAGCGAUCACCGGGCAGCGAGACGGCCAGCAGAUCAAAGUCUCCCUCAUCAUACAGCCGAUAUGUGCGACGUCCGCCCUCCUUGCCAGCGCUCUUGUGAAGGACAACAAGAUAUGAGCCGUUGGUGUGGUCGGUGCGAAUGCCGGCUAGUUUGUGCUGAAUGAGGAACUUCCUGCCAUUCCAGCACCAGACUGCGUCGACAGGCGUGUCCUCGUAGCUGAGCUGGCGUGGACGGACAUCCAUACCAGCAGCAGACAGCAAAGGGGCCCAUGCGGCAACGGAUGCCUCGCCCUUCUGAUGGCGCUCAGACCGCUGCAGCAUGAUGUUCGCCAGGGAGUUCUUGGCGAAUGAAGGGCCCUGAUAGGCCAGCAGCAGCUUGUGGGACAGAGAUGCCGGCCCAUCAAGGGCCGUCGAGCAUCGGAAUUUCGCAUGGUCCCACUUGCCAUUCUCAUAGACGGCAAGGAGACCAGACCUGCCGCAUACUUCCUUCAGCAUGGAUCCGCUGUAGCACCAGAUGCGGUAGUCCGAGAGAGCCACACAGACGACGGGGAUGCCGGCAUACUGAUCGACAUGAUGGAACUGCCAAGCACGACCGUAGUUGCUGCUCUUCUUCUUGGUGGUCUUGACUUGCACCGGCAGCCACACAUCUUCAUACACGCCAAGGGAACGCACUGCAAGGUCAGUAUGGGCCUUCUCAUACGUCCUCUGCACCUCAAACCAUCGCCUCAGCAGAUCCAUCACACACUGAACGCCCGAGUUGCUGAUGAGCCGCAGUUUCUUCUUCUCCCAUCGCUGGAGCAGAAUGUCAGCAGCAGGGCUUGAGAGGAGCCGUCGAUGCACAAGCUGCUGGAAUUGGGUGGCGAAGGGAGAGGACGCGCUGGCAGCAGAGGCAGGGGACCGGUGGGAGCCCGAUAGAUGACGAGAGGCGACAGCGAGGCCCGCCUGCAUCGAUGAAAUCACAGGAUGAGGCAGAAAUGGCGAGGAACGGCAGCAGAGAGGAAUCCUGGCGGCGGCCGCAAUGGAUCGAUGAGGCGCCAGCAGGCAUCGGCCAACGAACAGGAGGCACAUUUGCGGACGGCACUUGGCGCUCGUUACGAUUUUGGGAGGCGCAUCGGUGUACAGUACUGAGUGUACUGAGUGUGCUCUGUCAGCUGCUGUAUCUGAGAGCCGAUCGAUAUCCAUCCAUCGAUCCAUCCAUGGUUGUC